AAACAACGUCUCUCUCUUUCUCUGUAUGGCUGUGAAUCCAGCGAGGUGAGCUUGGCACAGGAGAGGGACUGUCUUGGUUUGCGCGCAGUUUGCAGACAGAUUUGCGAGCGAGCCGUGCUGGAAUAUAUUCAGGGGUGAAGAACCGAAGGAGAAAGGGCGAAACCCUCCUACAGCCUGCGCUUUCUUCUCUCUCUCUUUCUCUCUGUCUCUAUCUCUGGACGCAAGGACUUGGGCAAAAUGGUUUUUCCGAGAUCUCAGUGACUGCGAUGUCAGCACCUCUCAUCUACCGCUUGUGGAGCACAGACUGAAGAAAUACACGUACUGAGAAAAGAAAAAAAACACGUUAGUCGGGUCAGGUGGUUUUCUCUUGAGAGAGCAGCCGUUCAUUCACGGCGCACUGAAUUCAAGUAACACUCGCCCCUGGCAGCUGAAGAUGACGUUACUAUGGAAACAGUUUUUGCUGCUAUCAAUCAUGGAGUAUCUUGCAGAAUGUGUGGAUUAUAAGUCUUUCAAUGGGCCGAAAUGGCGAAUGGAGCCUAGUGAUCUGACAGUGGGCUCACUAGAGGAAGAGGCAACACUGGCCUGUGACGCAAAGGGCAUUCCUUCCCCUCAGUACAGGUGGUCUCUGAACGGCACAUUGAUUAAUCUCAGUACUGAAUCCCGUCGGCGGCUAUCUGGGGGAAAUUUGGUCAUUAGGAGUCUGGACCGUGCCCAGGAUGGAGGAAUAUACCAGUGCACUGCCUUCAACCCACAGGGAGCAAUUCUUAGCAGAAGAGCGAGCCUCCAGUUUGCAUACUUGAAUUUAAAAACUCAAACGAGAAGUGCUGUCUCUGUGCGAGAAGGCCAGGGGGUCGUUUUACUUUGUGGUACACCAUCAUAUGCAGGAGAUCUCUCAUUUGCAUGGGUCUUUAAUGAGUACCCUUACUUUGUUCAGCAAGACAAUCGUCGCUUUGUCUCUCAGGAGACGGGAAACCUUUAUAUCGCCAAAGUCGAGCCCUCAGAUGUGGGUAACUACACGUGCGUGGUGGUAAACCGCAUCACUAAAGGCAAAGUCCUCAGCUCCCCAACCCCUCUGGUACUACGAACUGAUGGCGUAAUGGGUGAAUAUGAGCCGAAAAUAGAGGUUCAUUUCUCUGAUAUGGUUCCAGCUGCAAAGGGAUCAGUUGUGACACUGGAGUGUUUUGCUUUGGGGAACCCAGUUCCAGAGAUAACGUGGAGGAGAGCGAAUGGAGUGCCGUUUCCCAGCAAGGUGAAGAUGAAGAACUCAAAUGUAGUUCUGGAGAUUCCCAGUUUCCAGCAGGAGGAUGCCGGAGGCUAUGAAUGUGUGGCUGAGAACAAGAUGGGAAAGAACACAGUGCAAGGACGACUGUCUUUCCAUGCAAAGCCUCAGUGGGUUCAGACGAUGCGAGACAAUGCUUUGUCAAUCGAAGAGAGAUUGUUCUGGGAGUGUAAGGCCAAUGGGAAGCCCAAGCCUUCAUACAGCUGGCUGAAGAAUGGAGAACUCCUGGCAGCCGAGGACAGGAUCCAGAUAGAGAACGGAGCCCUGACAAUCAGCUCCGUAAACCUCUCAGAUGCUGGCAUGUAUCAAUGUGUCGCUGAGAACAAACAUGGAAUCAUUUAUUUUGGUGCCGAAUUGGUGGUGUUAGCCUCGCCCCCAGACUUUUCCAGAAGCCCUCUCAGACCUCUGCUUAAAGCCAAGACGGGCAGCACAGUCACCAUGGAGUGCAGGCCGCAGGCUUUUCCCACAGCCAUCAGCAUGUGGAGGAAAGGCAAUGAACCGGUGCAGAGCUCAGAGAGGAUAACUUUACUCCCUGAUGGAACACUUAGAAUUACAAAUGUGACCAAGAUGGACGGGGGAAACUACGCAUGCUUGGCUAGAAACCAGUUUGGUACGGCCAGCACUACAGGAAGACUGCUGGUCACAGAUCCCACACAAAUCAUCCAGGGUCCAGUGGACAUGGAGAUCAUUGUUGGGGAGAGCAUCGUACUGCCCUGCCAGAUCUCAUGUGACCCUGCUCUGGAGGUUUCAUUCUCCUGGGCCUUCAAUGGGCAGCUCCUCAAUAAACUAGACCAACAUUAUGAGCAUGUGGGUGGGAGUACAUCUGGUGAUUUGAUGAUACGGAAUAUACAGCUGAAACACGCCGGAAAGUACGUCUGUGUGGUCGACACGGAUGUCGAGAGUUUAUCAGCGGCGGCUAUUUUAAUCGUGAAAGGUCCCCCAGGAGCUCCAGAUGGUGUAACGGUGGAGGAGAUCACAGACAGCACAGCUCAGCUUUCUUGGAGACCUGGCCAGGAUAACGGCAGCCCCAUCACGAGCUAUAUCAUCCAGGCCAAGACAGCUUUCACAGUGGGCUGGCAAGCGGUGAACACGGUCCCGGAGGUGAUUGAUGGGAACACCUUGACAGCAACGGUGGUGGAUCUGAACGCAUGGGUGGAGUAUGAGUUCAGAGUGCUGGCCAGAAACAGCGUCGGUGUGGGGGAACCAAGUCCUGCUUCUCUUAAAACAAGAACUGAAGAUGCAGGUAUGAGUGUACGAGGGUCCAGAGCCUGGCGACCCAACACCAUCCCAGUCUCCCUGCUUUCUAUCAUCGCGUUAUCAACACUGCGACCGGCUUUGUGUUAACGGUCCGAAGGAUCGAACAUCCUCUGACCGGUUUGAUUGCCUGCACUCUUCCUCGCCGUGGAAUCGUUGGAGAGGUGCACCAAAACACUUUUGAAGAGAGAUUAUCGAUCUAUCUCUCCAUAGUUAUCUGAGGCAAUGCCCAGCGAGGCCUUCAAGGAGCGUAACGGGAAAACGUCAGCGUCACGGUGGUCAGAUUUCAUGUGCAUGUGUUAUGUACUGUGUAUCAUUGUGUCUUUGCAAGUGAUCCGAGACCCUAACAAGGUUUCAACCGAAGGUUUUUGAAGCAUAUUGGUGUAUGAGGAGGGAUGAGCCAUGUUACUGCACUAAGAUUUCAUCUUCUCAUUGAUCAUCCGUCGGAACAAAUGCCUUACUUCCAUGUACAUGCCAAAGUAGUUAACAUCCUUUUAUUUCUUGCUAAGCUACUGUUUGUUAAACUUAUGAUUGUUUUGUAGUUAUCAUAUCAUUAAUUGAAGGAUUAGUUCACCCAAAAAUCAUUUACACACCCUCAUGUUGUUGUCAUGUGUGGGACACAAAGUGCGAUUUUAAAGAAUGUUCCCAUGAAUGGAGAGAGAGGCCUUUUAAAGUAAUAGUUCACUCAAAAAUGAAAAUU